CAGCAAAAAAGGGAGGGUGACUUGUUAACUUUUGUACCCGCUCAAGACUCACCAGAUCCUUCGUGUAUUUUUUUGGUUGCUUGACACCAUCCCUGUGGCGGAUCGGACAGAACUCGGAGGGGAGCCAACAGCUGCUUGGUUUUGAGCUGCGUUCCUAGAGCGCUUCGCCGACAGUAGCUUUUCCUGUCCAGCAUAAUUUUCUCGUCUGGUUUAGUCCGCGAGUGGGAUCAGUUGUAGUAUUUUGGGACGUGCAAAAGAGCCGUGAAGUGGGUCCUACUCUUCAGGUGCCUUUAGCCGGUGACAGCGGUGUCUACGUAAAAGCUCGGCUGGUGUGCUGUGAGCCUGCUCCAGAGCCCUUGUAUUGUCCAGUGGAGGUGCAUCCAGGAACGAAAUCACGAUGGUUGACAAACUAGCGAACAGUGAGGCCAAUCUCCGCCGCAUCAUGAUGGUGGAAAGUGCCUUUGGCGGUGCAGGAGAGGCGCUUCAAAAAUCUGGCCGUGUACUGGUUGGAGAAGGAGUAUUGACCAAGAUUUGCCGGAAGAAGCCCAAGCCAAGACAGUUUUUCCUUUUCAACGAUGUUCUAGUGUAUGGCAACAUCGUCAUCGACAAGAAGAAGUACAACAAGCAACACGUCAUGUCACUAGUGGAUGUACAGCUAGCGUCUUUGGACGAUAAUGGCGAGCUAAAGUAUGGCUGGCAGAUCAUCUCCCCGCACAAGUCUUUCGCAGUAUAUGCAGCCACGGCGACCGAGAAAGCCGAAUGGAUGGCACACAUCAACAAGUGCAUCAACGACCUUAGAAAAAAGAGUGGUGUAGAGGGACCGUCGGUAGAAGGCGCAGCUGUAUGGGUACCAGACAGCAAUGCAACGAUGUGCUUGGUCUGUGAGAAGACAAAGUUUUCCGCCAUCAAUCGUAGACACCACUGCAGAAAAUGCGGCACGCUCGUGUGCGGCAACUGCUCCAAGCACAAGUGGCUGCUGCCGCAGAUCAGCAACAAGCCGGUGAGGAUCUGCACUCGCUGCUACGCCGCGCUGCGCUCGUCUCCGGAGUCCGCUGCCACGGCCACCGCGCCGGGCUCUGUGCCCGACAGUCCGGCACCGGUCACUUCCAAAUCUGCCGCAGCACCUGCGGCGGCCGCCUCGGAGGAAGCACCCGAAAGCAGCGCGGAGGAUGGCACUGGUGAAGGCUACAUGAAGCCAUCCAACGGAGGUCCUGAUCCUGCACGCCUCUCUCUUCUGCCCGAGCCACCGCCACCGUCAGAACUUCUGUCCGAUGAAGACUUGCCACCGGGAGAUCCCUCUCGCCUGUCACAGUUUGGAAUCUCCAAGUCCGAACCGACAGCUCCGACUGACGAGUCUUCGGAAGAUGAUAAUCGCACCACUGAGGCGGUCGAGGCCAAGGCUGGAUCUUCGGACGAAGAAGAUGACGAUGAGGAAGACAAGCGUGCGCAUCCGGAGCCCUCCGUGUUCUUCGCCGACGCGCCCACCGACAAGCCGGAAGAAUAAUGAAACAAGCGGCGCGGCGAGUGCCAGAGUGUGAGUGAAUGCCGUCACAAAUUCAAACCGAAUUCCUGUACAGUAGAUUUUAGAAAGUAGUUGGAACACUAACGCCGUUAUGCCUGAGAUGUAUAAUAUUCUCUUUGUUUGGCCGUGCUCUGUGUCAAAUGCCUUCCUCCGCCUUGCAGUUCAUAGACAAAGUGGUUCCAUACGAUUUUUUCAAUUUUUACAUCCAAGUUUUAGUAGUCUUUUCGCUGUAUUUGUUGAGCCCCGUGUCCCCUCCCCUGGUCGCUAUUGCCCCAAAUUCCGAUCAUGUGAUCGCAAGAGAGAAAGAGAGUAUUUUCGCUUCUUGGCCCAUUAGUAAUUCUAUCUUCUUGUUUGUCCUUUUUGUAAAUUUUUGCGCGUUCCUGCUUUUUCCCAUUGAGUCUGGGUCGCCGUGUCUUGUUGCUGCUAUUUCCGACUCUCCCUCACAGCUGUCUGGGCGUUUUUAUCACUAACCUUUUUAUUAUUAUUGCGGGUACGUCGCCGUGUUCACUCAGGGGGGCAUUUAUCCUGUGAAUGAUCGAAUAAUAAUUUUUAGUACCAGCACUCUCCUGCCAGGUGCCACAACCACCGUUGUGAUUAUGGCGCUGAGUAAUCGCUAUGCUUCGGCGUUGGAAAAGGACAAUAGUUGUUGAACUGAA